AUGAAUUCUGUGAUUCUCAGUGCAGUGAUUAGAGCUCUCCUGGAGCUUUUGGGGUCUCCUUUUCGCCUGUCAGGACAUGUUUUCUGCUCCAGUCCUGCUGACCAUUUCAGCCUCUUGAAGAAUCUCGCCACUUUUUCCGCUGAUUCUCAGGCAUUUUUCACUGAUGGACUCAACGGAGCAGAUUUCAGGACCUUAGAAGAACAUCGCACAGUGAUUCUGAUAGAUUUCGACUGUCCUUCCUCACGAGAAAUCCUGGAUAAUGCCUCUCAAGCGCUCUACUUCAACUACAAAUGGAUUUUGUUUCAUUCCUCUUCUGAGGAUAUUGAAGAACAAGUACUGGAGACUUUUGCUGAUCUUCCCGUUCUUGGGAGUAGUGAGAUCUUCCUCCUGAUUCCGGAAGGAGAGAAUGUCGUUGUGAAACAAGUGUAUCGUCAUCUUCUGGAAACUCCGCUGCUCUUGGAGACAUUCGGGGUGUGGAAAGGUGAUCAGGAAACACUGGAAGAUUUUCGGGAAACUCCCAUCACGUCCAGAAGACGGCAAAAUGUGCAGAAAACCGUCCUCAGAGCGAGCAUGGUCAUCACGAACAACGACAGCCUCAAUCAUCUCACAGAUUACCGCGAUAAGCAUAUCGAUACCAUCACGAAAGUCAACUACAUCUUGACUAAUCACUUGAUUGACUACGUGAACGCUAGCGUUGAGUUCUUGACUGUCGAGACUUGGGGCUACUUCAACGGAAGCGCCUGGAGUGGCAUGAUCGGGGAAUUGGAUAGGAAUCUCGUUCAUCUGGGAGCAUCUCCUCUGUUCUACACCACAGAUCGCAUCCCCGUGAUCCAGUACAUCGCCAUGACCACUCCCACGCGAUCCAAGUUCGUCUUUCGCUCCCCAAAACUCUCCUUCACGGACAACGUCUUCAUCCUGCCCUUUGACUCGUUCGUCUGGUACUCUCUCAUCACCCUGAUGAUCAUUCUUAUCCUCGUCCUCACUCUGGCCACGGCUGUCGAGUGGAAAUCCUUGCCUACGGAUACUCAGGACAGCGUGACGCUUCGUCCAAAGAUUUCGGAAGCAUUUAUCCUCGUCUUCGGCGCCAGCUGCCAGCAAGGCAGCGCUCAUACUCCUCGGGGCUUCUCCACGCGAUGCAUCACCUUCCUGGCCUUCAUCGCUCUCAUGUUCCUCUACACCAGCUACUCAGCCAACAUUGUGGCCCUCCUGCAAUCGCCUUCCACCAAGAUCAAGACCCUGUCGGAUUUGCUGGCGUCGAGGCUCAAGUUCGGCGUUGAUGACACGGUGUUCAAUCACUACUACUUCACCCACCAAACCGAGCCCGUCCGGAAAGCCAUCUACGAGCAGAAGAUCCUGCAGAAGGGCACCAAUCCCGCCUUCAUGCCACUCGAGCAGGGCAUCAAACUCCUCCGCGGCGGUCUCUUUGCCUUCCACAUGGAGACAGGAGUGGGUUACAAGGUGGUCACAGAGACGUUCUUCGAAAGUGAGAAGUGCGAUCUGAAAGAGAUUCAGUUCUACGAGCUAAUUGAUCCCUGGUACGCCAUCCAGAAGAACUCCUCCUUCAAGGAGGUCUUCAAGGUUGGUCUCUUCAGGAUGCAAGAGCACGGCUUGCAGGAGCGUGAGAAUUCCCUGUUGUACACAAAGAAACCGACCUGUCACGGAGUGGGUGGCAACUUCAUCACCGUCGGUCUUGUGGACAUUCAGCCUGCAAUGCUGAUCCUCGCGUGGGGAAUUGGUAUAAGUUUGGGCAUUUUCGCAAUGGAAUAUUUAGCUCAUAGACUCAAAAGAUCACAGAGAGUUGUUUAA